AUGGAUGAGUACAAGCUACUCACGAAUAAUGAGGAAGAAGAGUUUGUUUCUGACGGCUCAGUUGAUUCCAAAGGAAGAAUUUGUGUAAGAGCCAAGACUGGAGGGUGGAGAGCUUUUUCUCUGAUUAUCGGCUACGAACUUGUUGAAAAGUUGGCUUUCGGUGGUGUUGUGGCAAAUUUAAUGGUGUAUCUGACGACCAAGCUGCAUGAAGGCACUGUCUCCUCCUCCAAUAUUGUCACCAACUGGAUGGGCACAGUUUUUCUUACGCCCUUACUCGGAGCAUACAUUGCUGAUACAUAUUUGGGACGCUUUUGGACAUUUGCAACCUCUUCGUGUAUCUAUAUACUGGGAAUGGGGAUUUUGACGCUAGCAGUGUCGUUGAAGUCUUUAAAACCACCAGAUUGCCCAUCAAAUAAAGGAUGUGAAAAGGGUUCAUUUCUGCAAACUGGGACUUUUUAUUUUGCUUUAUAUCUUCUUGCUCUAGGUCAAGGAGGAACCAAACCAAAUCUCUCCACCUUUGGUGCGGAUCAGUUCGAUGAUUUCCACCCCACGGAAAAAAUGCACAAGAACUCAUUUUUCAAUUGGUGGUUUUUUAUAGUUCUCUUUGGAGGUCUAUUAGGUCAGACAUUUAUUGUGUAUAUUCAAGAAAACGUCAGCUGGGGAGUGGGCUAUGGUGCUAUCACUGGAUUGCUAUUAAUAGCUUAUGUUGUAGUCAUGAUGGGAUCUCCAAUUUAUAGAUACAAAGUUGUUGAAGAUUGCCCACUGCAGCGAGUUGGGAAAGUAAUUGCUAGGAUGAUUCAAAGCCGAAAUAUGCAGGUUGCUACAGAUGCGUCUUGCUUACAUGAAGUGGAUUCAAAAGAAUACCUUAGCGAAGGCCGAUACCCAAUUGCCUCUAGUAAACAUCAGAGAUUUCUAGAUAAAGAAGCAUUAUUAGAUUCGAGGAAUCCAAAUCCCUGCUCUCUGACAGAUAUAGAGGAGACAAAACAGGUGCUAAGAGUUCUUCCCAUUUGGCUGACAGACAUAUUUCCUAGUACAAUAUUAGUACAAAGUCUGACGCUCUCCAUCAAGCAGGCAAUGACAAUGGAUAGGCAUAUAGGCUCUAACUUUGAAAUUCCCUCUGGCAGUAUUGGUGUCUUUUUCCAAAUACCAAUGCUAUUAACCAUACCAAUCUAUGAUCGCCUAAUAAUCCCCCUUUUCAGAAGAUUGACUGGAAAUCCACGAGGCAUAACUUUACUACAGCGGAUUGGGAUUGGUAUGGUACUUCAGAGUAUUGCUAUGGUAACGGCUGGUCUAACGGAAAUUGUAAGGUUAGAUGUAAUUCAAAGCCAUGGAAUUGCAGAUGAUAAGGAUGCAAUUGUUCCCCUAUCUUUCUUUAUUCUUGUUCCACAGUUAGUAAUAAUGGGAAUAGCAGAAGCCAUGGUUGAAGUAGGUAAACUAGAAUUCUUUUAUGAUCAAGCUCCAGAGAGUAUGCGAAGUUUGGGAAAUGCAAUGUACGCAGCCUCUAAUGGGAUUGGCUCCUUUCUCAGCGGUGCUAUUCUAACACUUGUGACUCACAUUACUGGAAGACACGGACACAAAAGUUGGGUACUGAAUAACCUGAAUGCCUCACGACUAGAUUACUUCUAUGCUCUUUUAGUUGCUCUGAAUAUAAUAAACUAUGUUGCUUUCUUGACCGUGUCUUGGAGGUAUGAAUACAAAAGAGAACCUAAUCAAGCCUUGGGAAAAGCUUAUUCCAAAGCAACACUAGUGGUAGACAAUGGUGGCCAGAAGGCGGAAGAGACUCUGAUUUAG